AUUCCCAUCAUACCGUGAGACGACAAGCUGUUGUCAAGUCUCUGUAAAAAAAAACGCCUAUCCCGGCGCUCUCUGGCAGUGACAAUAUGGCAGAACCUGAAACCAGAAUGAGCCGCACAGCAUCUCUGCAGAGGCUACGGCACAGCCAUCGCUUAGCACCACUAUGUGUAUUGCCCAUUACUUGCAAGAGCAUUAGGGACAGUCUUGUAGAGAGGAAAGUUUGGCAGUUCAUCAGUAACCCGUCACGCCUCAGUGUCAGAAAUUUACUUUUAUUGGUAUUUGGUACUUUAUUUGUCUAAUAAACCUAACCCGGAAGUGAUGACACCUAUGCGCUGUGGCGCCUGGGUGACGUCACGAGUUUAGUUCUAAAUUGAAAUCCCUGUCAGUCUGGGAAACGAAAGUCGAGGAUUGGGUUUCCAGAUGUGUGAAUCCUUUUAUGAUUUGUGAAGUCUCUCCAGCUCAGUAAGGUGACAUAAAACAUGCUCAUUUGUGACAUCUGCACUCAGGAGGUGCACUCUGAAAAUGACAUGAAGAGCCAUUUGCUGCUUGCUCACAUGGAGCAGGAUGCUUGUUGCCCUUUCUGCCCCCUGGCUGGAUUAUCGUAUGAUGAACUGAACUUCCAUAUUCACGCAGCCCAUGAGGACAUAUUGGAGGUGUGGAGUGAGGAUGAGCAAAAUACAUCUGAGGGCAUCAUUGAUAACUCUGCUGGUCGUAGAGCUUUACAGGAUUCCGACACUAGGGACCACGAAGCAUUGAUUGCAGACAAACCCAGGCUUUCUGUCCCUUCCCAACCCAAUGAGAACAAUCUUCAAAACAACCUAAAUAAUGAAUGUCCACAAUUCAGCAGAAUUCAUUGUCUUUCUACUUCUAAAUCUUCUUCUGUUGCACAACCUACAAAUACUAUCAUAGACCUUACCGCUGGUGCUGCUUGUUCUGAGCCUUCUGUAUAUGAUGUUGACUCUGUUAGAGAAAUUUGUGACAAUACAAAUUUUGAUGUUCAGUCCCAGUCUGUUACCCCUCCACCUUCCUGUGACAUGGACUUUGUUCCAGAGUGCCCUUUCUGUUGUGAAGUAAAAGCUUCUCUGGAAGAACUAGAAUGUCAUGUCAAGACUGAACAUGCAGAUCUUCUGGGAACACCUACUAAAGAUGAUUGCAGACAGUACGAGUGUCCAUUGUGCACCCUUGUGUGUGCAAAUAGUCAGAUCUUAGAAGAGCACGUAAACCUACAUUUGGAAGAAAGCAGCUGUGAUGAAGGAGCUUCAGCUAAAACCUCCACUGAUCAGAAUUUGGCAAGACAGCUUCAGGAAGAGGAAGACCAUCAAAGAAGAGCUGAAGAGUCACAACGAGAGAAGGAAGAGUUCCAGAAAUUACAGCAACUAUUUGGAUUAGACAACUCUGGAGGUUACAAGCAGCAAUCCCUUCACAAUAUGGAAAGGGCAGUUGGAAGGGGAAGGAUGCAGCCCAUGGAGUUUCACUUGCACAGAGCACAGAUGAUGGAGUCGUUGGCUACUGGUGUGGAUGAUGGAAGAACUAAGACUUCGGGUGUUAUAGAAGCUUUGACUAGAUAUUAUCGUAAUGCAGCCCAUGAAGUUACUCGUGUUUGGCUAUGCUCAAACUUAGACCACUUCAGUAACUCUUCAGGGGAUAAAGGUUGGGGCUGUGGCUUCCGGAAUUUCCAGAUGCUUCUUUCUUCCCUUUUGCUGAAUGAUGCUUACCAUAACUGCUUGCAAGCCUGUAGGUCAAUACCUUGUAUUCCAAAGAUCCAGUCUAUGAUUGAAGAUGCGUGGAAGGAAGGUUUUGACCCUCAAGGUGCUUCUCAUUUUAAUGGCAAAUUACAAGGUACCAAGGCUUGGAUUGGAGCAUGUGAAAUUUACUGUCUGCUGACAUCACUCCAGCUAAAGUGUCGAAUUAUUGAUUUCCAUCAGCCAAGCAGUUCAUCAGGAACACAUCCUUUGUUAUUCGACUGGGUGCUGAAGUAUUAUGCUUCGGAAGGGCCUGUAGUAGGCAAGGUGGUUUGUACCACCAAGCUGCCAAUUUACUUACAACAUCAAGGUCACAGCCGAACAAUUGUGGGAAUAGAGGAGCGAAAGAAUAACACCUUUUGCCUUUUAAUUUUUGAUCCUGGGUGCUCUUCUGAAAAUAUGCAAAAACUAUUAAAACAGAAUGUAGAUGGUGCUGCUCUUAAAGGUCUGCGGAAAUUUGUGGGGAGCCUGAAGCACAAGCAGUACCAGAUUGUGGCAGUAGAUGGAACACUCUCUCCAGAAGGAAAAGCAGUCCGACUACAAGAUUCAAAAGUCUUCAGAGCUGAAAGGAUUCCAUAGAGAAAAGAGCAUUUCUAUUAUUCCAUUGUAUAAAAUAAAAAUGUAUGUAAUAUCCAACAUUUGUUUUUAUAUUUAUUAUGAGAAAUAUUAGUUUUUAAAAGCAGAUCUAUUUUUGGUAUUAAUAUUAAAAGUUUAUAUCUGAA